GAAAACAGAAUAUUUCUACAUUGUCAUUGACACGUACAUGGUUUAGGGUAAAACAAAGUGAGAUCAUCAAAUUGCCAACGUUUAAUUAGAUAAUUUAGUCAUUGUAUUUGUAACCCUUGAGUUCGCAGCAUCAGCACCAUAUUUCGCGAUGACAAAUGAAUUGUCCAAUGUCAUCGUUAGUCUGCAGCCUCGUGUCAAUGCACUGAUUCUUUCCUCUAACGUGACAUUAAUGGUACUAAUUAUGGAUCCAAGAACACUAAGCAGUUGUAGUUACGAAACAUAUGGUUACUGGAUUAUAAUCAUGCAAGUUGUCAUCUGGGGUAUUUUUUUAAUUGGUCGUAGUUAAAUUCCGUUCUAGAGUAGACAAAUGUGAAUUUUCACUGAUUGCAAUAAGUAUUAUAUACUUACUUAUAGUUGCUUCAUAAGUAUUAGUUUAAUGAAUCAGCAAUAGAAAUAAAAUGUUCAGGUAGUACAUAAAUCUGUUGAAAAGCUUGCAUACGUUUCACCAGGUAUUGGGGACAAAGUGCACAAAUUUCAUUCAAAUUUAGCCGACAUUUCGUAAAGAUAUGAUAUAGUACAUACACUACCAAAUAAUAAAUCCUCGUCUGUAAAAAUGUGGGCGAGUUUGGCAAUGGUAUAUAAUAUUUCAUUGCAAGGAAUCGUGAUUUCCUAUACAAAUAAGACUGAAAAUCAGCUUAAAGUUAAGUUAAAGCCGGUUCAGAUGAGUCAGAAUUUUUUACAAUGCACGCCAUGUUUUGUUAUUCUGGUUUCAGGAUUUUUAAGAAACUGUUUGGUGGGCGUGCGAAAAAGACCGACUUUAAGCAAACGAAGUUAAAUGUUGUUUAUUUGUCCAGGAUAAAACUACGUUGUUCUUCGUAAAACUGUGUUAAUCGUGCUCCAUCAUCUGUGCCUUAUCUCCCACGCAGUCCGUCUCAUCUUUGGAGCUUUCUUGGUACCUUUUAGCUUCUACAGAAUUAUUUAUGAGAAUGUGCCUACGAAGCAAAGCUUGUCGACAAAUUUUGGAAGGUAGGGAAAAGUAGGGAAAUUCCUUAACUAAAACUUUGAGAGUUUUGCUCCGACAAUUCUUCAAUAGAUUUAAUUAUCAAGUCUGCACGAGUCCUCAACCUGUAAGCUUUUUGGAGGAAGACUUAAUAUAAAGCACCCGUUAUUAAGCUAUGUGUGAAUGUGUGUGGGGUUAAUGACACGAUAUAAUUUAGAAUGGUACACGAAGUGAAUCUAAUUAAAGAGACAAUAAUUAUGCAGUUCUUCACAAGUAAAUGAGAGUGUACUUUAUAUUAUUGCUUGCAUAUUUUGCAGGAACUCUGAGCUCUAUACUAAAGUGAGAACGGACUUGAACGGAGGCAACAUGAGACGUCAAUACUUCUCUAAGAUUGCGAUGAUGUUGUUCUCAUUUUGAGGAGUGAAGUGUUCCUUAUUGUUCUCAAAACUUUAGUUGUUCGUCGUCGGUGGAGGGUGGGCCGUAGAGUGGUCACACUCUUCUUGACCAGGACGAAUGGUGCAUGUAAUGUACGAGGAGAAAAUACCUACCGGUCGGCGACAUCCGGUUGCCUCCUUGCCCACAAUGACUUCAGAUCUCUGGAACAAGCCGUACACGUUUUGGGAGGGGGCGUGGGGUCUCCUCCUUCUCGUUUGCAUUUUUGCCAUCAACAUUGCCGUUUUAUGGGUGGUCAGCAGGUCUCGAGAACUGUGGAAACCACGCCACUUGUGGAUGGCGUGCCUCUGUAUUACCGAUCUUUUCGUAGGAGGUCACAAAGCAUUAGAGCUGCUCCUGCUGGUUUGGCCGCAACAUGAAUUGUGUGUCUUACAAAGGGCAACACUUGGAAUUCCUUACGUGGUCAACAUGCUUUUACUCACCUUGUUGUCGCUGGACCGUUUCGUCGCUGUCCGCCACCCCUUUUUCUACUCUUCCUCAGUAUCAAACAAACAUGUUGGAAUCGGUUUCAUCAUUGUUCUAGUAGCUGGCACGUCUCUCGCCGCGGCCUCCGUCACCUUGGGCCUUCAAGACCCCAUUUGUCGGUCGCAAAGUUUGCAACUGGUGUAUCUCACCAUCGUUCUUGCGAUCUGCUCCGUUCUCACCCUGCUCUUCAACAGCGCCGUUCUUCGUAUCGCGAAAAAACAGUUGAACGCCAUUUACGCCCAUGAACCUUCAUUUCGUGGCGCCGGGAGACGAAAGCUGUCCGUCGUCUGUUCCAACUGUGGCUACCGGAAUGAAACAUUUGUAAACACGCUGGGUCCAAUUACCGGAAGUCAGGGCGCUCUCAACAUGAUGACUGCGAGCGGGGCGACGGGAGUUACGGCGACAAGCAUUUUGCCCCUCACCGACGCCGUCGUACUUGGUCCACUAGAUUUGGAACAGGUCAUACUUUUCAUUCCAGUCUGUGAGUACCACAACCAAGGGGGUGGUAUUUCUGGGGCCAAUGGUGCUGGUGGUUGCAUUGACCACCUCGGGGAUGGUUGCGAUACAGUAGCUGAAGCCCACUUGUUGGACAUGGAGGCAACCUCACCUCUCGUGAAGACGGUGUCGCUCCCUGCAAUUUCGGACAUGGUGAUGAACGUUCCAAUUUCAAUGGUGGUCCAACCAGACCCUGCAAUCCCGCCUGCUGUUCUUAUUGGAAGUAUUCCCACCGACGUCAUUGGAGGAGGAGGAGGAAGAGUGACGUCCAUGUCGCAGUUGAACGAUGCAGCGUCAUCCACCAUGAUACAUCACAACGAGUUCAAACUAGCUGGAGCUGGGGGUGGACUCCAAACCUUUCAAACUCUACCCAGAAGCAGAUCUCUUGUGAGUUGCCAAACUCAUAAAAUCAUGUCGGGCUCCUCAGCCGCGGCGGCGGCAGGUCCACGGCUGCAACUUUUUAGAAAUUUGCAUCUCGCCAGGGCGCAUAUGUUCCAUGUGGGUCGUCUCUUCCCCUCGAUCCGAUUUGCUCGAACAGUUCUACUCAUCAUGAUCCCGAUGUGGGUUUUCAUCCUCCCAAUCGUCAUCAUUAUUCCGUUGCAUCGAGGCUGUGAAGAUGGGAAUGAGUCCGAUCUGAACUGUGAACUUGUCGGGACUCUGUGGCGAUACUUGAUUAUUCACAUGCGAUCAAUUCUCCCCCUUCAGGCCAUACUAGAUACUCUAAUUUAUGCCUUUGGCUCAAAGGAAUUUAGAUCCGCUUUAGUGAAACUGGUUAAGAAAUACAGAACGACAAAGUGACACAGGGCAUGCAAACCUAAAUUUGUGACUUUUAGGCUUUCUCAUGAUUUCCCUUCCCUAUAAUGAGAUUACAUAGAUGGAGAGAGAGGAGGUCAAACCCAACAGUAUUGAAUUACAUAAAUAUUUAAAAGAACCCAAAUCAGAAUUGAGCUAACACAAUGCCAACUCCUUAAAUACUUUACAACAUAUUGUUAACUUGGAAGGAGGAGGAGAUUGAACGAACCCCGUAUACACACACAUAUGUACAAUGAUUUGUAAGUAGUGUAAUUUUAUUAAUAAAACUGUAUACCUUAAUGUAUUUAGAAGUAUGUACAUAAAUGUAUUACUCUUAAAUUUUGUGAAGUAUACUCUCAUCGUAAUCAGCAAAUACUAUAAUUUUUGUGUCCAAAUAGAAAAUCCACCUAAAACUAAACACCACUUUUGUUCAUGAGUUAACCUAGGAAUCAACCUUACAUAUUGCUAAUCUACAGAUGAACAAAGAUGUUUAUUAAUGAUUACAAACAACUUUAAUACUUACAUUAAGUUUAAGUUGUUUCUAAGUUUUAUAUGAUUUGUAUAGAGUUCAGAGAAAUGGGUUUGUCUGUGAUCUCAAGGAAAUGUAGACAAUCGAUCUCAAUCCAUAAGUCUGCUUAUGUUUACUGUAUAAUAAAAACAAAAGUACUCCA